AUGGAAAAAUUCAGUUUCACCGAAGAGCGAAUCUAUAACCUGGAUGAAACAGGUGUUAUGACUGUAGUUCAAGCUCCUUAUAUUAUUGCUGCAAGAGUGAUUAAACAAGUUGGACAAGUGGUAUCCGGAGAAAGGGGAAAACUAGUUACAAUGUGUGCAAUUAUCUCGGGUAGUGGUAAUCCAAUUCCACCCGUUUUCGUUUAUCCCAGGGCAAGAAUGAUUGAUUCGUUAUUGACAGGUGCACCAAGUGGAAGUGUGGGUUAUCCAAAUUCUCCAGAAAGUGGCUGGAUGACAGCUAAUAUUUUUCUAAAGGUACUGGAACAUUUAAAAAAAUAUUCAAGAUGUUCAAGAGACGACCCCAUCUUGUUACUGAUGGACAACCACGAGUCACACUGCUCAUUGGAAGCUAUUGUAUUUUCCAAAGAAAAUGGAAUCGUUCUUCUAACUUUCCCGCCUCAUUGCUCCCAUAGAUUGCAGCCUUUAGAUGUUGGUGUUUUGGGUCCUUUUAAGGCAAAAUUCAAAGUGGCCUGUAACGACUGGAUGCUAAACCAUCCCGGUAGAACCAUUACCAUCCACAAUAUUGCAGAAAUUGUAGGCAUUGCAUAUGCAAGAUCAUUUACUAUAAAUAAUAUAAAAAAAGCUUUUAAAAACCUAGUAUUUGGCCAGUAA